AUGGGUGUGAUAGUGGCUUUGCUAUUAUGCUACACUUCUAUUACUAGUCAAUCUGCUACCUUGAUGAAAGCAGAGGAGAAACGUGCUCUGCUUCAAACCAAGUGGUGGAAUACUGCCAGCUUUACUCCUUACAACGUCUCAAACCCAUGUGACUGGUACGAGAUAUAUUGCAAUGAUUUUGGAAGCGUUACUCAGAUGUCUCCACUCCAAAUCACUUCACAGCGCUCUCGACUAGAAGAUCUCAACUUGACAGCAUUUUCUUAUUUAGAAGAACUUGAGCAUUCAAGAAUGGGUUUGACAGGUACCAUACCAAUUCAAAUUGAAGCUCUUCAACAUCUUAGACAUUUGGGCUUGUCUCAUAACAACCUUACUGGUAACAUUCAAAUUCAAAUAGGAGCUCUUCAAAAUCUUACUCAUUUGGACUUGUCUAAUAAUCGCCUUACUGGUAGCAUUCCAACUCAAGUGGAAGCUCUUGGCAAUCUCUACGAUCUACACUUGUCUUUUACCAAUAUUACAACAAAUGAGAAAUAUGCAUUAUUUCAGAGCAAAUGGUGGAACAUCAGUGAUAGUGGCUCCAACUACCCUUGUGAUUGGGAUGGCAUAUAUUGCGAUCUCUUCGGAAGAGUUAUUAAGAUUAACAAACCAAGAAUCCAUUCACAGCAAUCUCGGAGGCUAACAGAUCUCAACUUCACUGCAUUUCAACAUCUAGAAUAUUUGAAUCUUAGUGGAAUGGGGCUCACAGGUACUUCUCCAUCUCAGUCUUCAUUUAUCUCAUGA